UAUGAAGUUUCCAUAUCUCCUUCCUUCAAACGAAGCCUCCCUCCACUAUAAAUACUUCAUUCUCUGAAUCUAAAUUUCAUCACCCAAUAACCAUAAACAACAAUACAUACAGCCUGUGAUUUCCGAUCUAUUCAUUACCCUUUUUGUGGUUUUGAAUCCUAAAAUGGCGUCUAGAGUUCUUGUUUCUUGCCCCUCAAGAUUCUUGUUCUUGAUGCUCUCUCUGUUAGUGAGUUGCUUUGCCGUGGCCUUUGCGGGUAACUUCCAAAGGGAUGUUCAGAUAACUUGGGGAGAUGGCCGAGGAAAGAUUCUCGAUAACGGGAAUCUUCUCGCUCUCUCGCUCGACCAAUUCUCCGGUUCGGGAUUCCAGUCCAAGAACGAGUUUCUAUAUGGAAAGGUCGAGGCGCAGAUAAAGCUUGUUCCCGGUAACUCUGCUGGUACAGUCACCACUUUCUAUCUGAAAUCCCCGGGAUCGACAUGGGAUGAGAUCGACUUCGAGUUCUUGGGCAACCUCAGUGGCCAUCCCUACACUCUACACACCAAUGUCUACACACAAGGCAAAGGAGACAAAGAACAACAGUUCCAUCUCUGGUUCGACCCGACAGCGGAUUUCCACACUUACUCCAUCACUUGGAAUCCCCAGAGAAUCAUAUUCACAGUGGACGGGAUCCCGAUAAGAGAGUUCAAGAACUUCGAAUCGAUCGGAGUACCGUUCCCGAAGAACCAACCGAUGAGGCUAUACGCGAGCCUUUGGGAAGCGGAUGAGUGGGCCACAAGAGGAGGUCUCGUCAAGACAGACUGGUCGCAUGCUCCUUUCACGGCUUCUUACAGGAACUACAACGAGAACGGAUGCGUCUGGUCCAACGGAAGAUCGUCUUGCCCGGCUAACUCGCCCGGUUCACGCCCUGGCGGUGCCUGGUUCUCGCAAGAACUCGAUUUCAGGGGCAAGAACAGGGUCAAAUGGGUGCAGAGGAGGUACAUGGUUUAUAAUUAUUGCACCGACAAGAAGAGGUUUCCUCAAGGUGCUCCUCGUGAGUGCAACAUGUCUUGA